GUGAGCACUAGAGUGCGGGGUCUGAGGGCGGGGACUGACGGCGUCCUGAGAGCUUUUCCCCGAAACUGUCCAGGUGGGCUUCUCGGAGCCCGGAAGGACUUCUCAGAGGAGGCGCCGGGCGGCGGUUGCUAGUGCCGACUUCGCUCUUCUCCCCGCGCGGGGCCACCCGCGUGCCAUGCACCCGGCCCGCGACUCCGCUUCCCCGGGCCCUCCCUAACGCCUCUCGUGGACCGGGAUGAAAGUCUGGAGCGAAUCGCCUUUUCACUGGCGAAAAAUUUUCUCUCUGCCUUGGUCCACAUCUUCGAUCCCCUGCCCGCCCAAGGCUGCAGCGCCCCUUAGGGCCCCGCCGGCCGGAGCGCCCCGCGCGCCGCUCCUAGCUCUAGGAGUGCGUUCACCGGGCGGGGAUCAUUCUGAUCCUCCACCGUCAACUCGACACCCGACCCCGGCAGCCCAGCCCGCCAGAGGCCAAACAGAUUAUGUCUACUUUGAGAAUUCCUCCAGCAACCCUUACCUAAUUAGAAGAAUAGAAGAACUCAACAAGACUGCAAGUGGCAACGUGGAAGCGAAAGUAGUGUGUUUUUAUAGAAGACGAGAUAUUUCCAAUACGCUUAUAAUGCUUGCGGACAAGCAUGCUAAGGAAAUUGAAGAAGAAUCUGAAACAACAGUGGAGGUCGACUUGACUGAUAAACAGAAACAUCAGUUGAAACACAGGGAGCUCUUUUUGUCACGCCAAUAUGAAUCUCUACCUGCAACACAUAUCAGGGGAAAAUGCAGUGUUGCCCUUUUGAAUGAGACAGAAUCCGUGUUGUCAUAUCUUGAUAAAGAGGAUACCUUUUUCUACUCAUUGGUCUAUGACCCCUCAGUGAAGACUUUAUUAGCUGACAAAGGUGAAAUCAGAGUGGGUCCUAGAUACCAAGCAGACAUUCCAGAAAUGCUCCUAGAAGGAGAAUCAGAUGAGAGGGAACAGUCGAAAUUGGAGGUUAAAGUUUGGGAUCCAAAUAGCCCACUUACGGACCGACAGAUUGACCAGUUUUUAGUUGUAGCCCGUGCUGUUGGGACAUUUGCUCGAGCCCUCGAUUGCAGCAGCUCUGUGAGGCAGCCGAGCUUGCACAUGAGCGCAGCUGCUGCUUCCCGAGACAUCACCUUGUUUCAUGCUAUGGAUACAUUGUACAGACAUGGCUAUGACUUGAGCAGUGCAAUUAGUGUCUUAGUACCACUUGGAGGACCUGUUUUAUGCAGAGAUGAAAUGGAAGAAUGGUCAGCCUCUGAAGCUAGCUUAUUUGAAGAGGCACUGGAAAAAUACGGCAAAGACUUCAAUGAUAUACGUCAAGACUUUCUUCCUUGGAAAUCGCUGACGAGCAUCAUUGAAUAUUAUUACAUGUGGAAAACUACUGACAGAUAUGUGCAGCAGAAACGUCUAAAAGCUGCAGAAGCUGAGAGUAAACUGAAACAAGUAUAUAUCCCAACUUACAGCAAACCAAACCCCAACCAAAUAUCCACCAGCAAUGGCAAGCCUGGCACUGUGAAUGGAGCUGUGGGGAGCACGUUCCAGCCCCAGAAUCCCCUCUUAGGUCGAGCCUGUGAGAGCUGCUAUGCAACACAAUCUCACCAGUGGUAUUCUUGGGGCCCACCUAACAUGCAGUGUAGAUUGUGUGCAACUUGUUGGCUGUAUUGGAAAAAGUACGGAGGCCUAAAAAUGCCCACCCAGUCAGAAGAGGAAAAGUUAUCUCCCAGCCAAUCAUCAGAGGAUGCCCGAGUUAGAAGUCAUCUGUCCCGGCAGGCCAUGCAGGGAAUGCCAGUCCGAAACACUGGGAGCCCAAAGUCUGCAGUGAAGACCCGCCAAGCUUUCUUCCUCCACACAACAUAUUUCACAAAAUUUGCUCGUCAGGUCUGCAAAAAUACCCUUCGAUUGCGGCAGGCAGCAAGACGUCCGUUUGUUGCUAUUAAUUAUGCUGCCAUUAGGGCAGAAUAUGCAGACAGACAUGCCGAACUAUCUGGAAGUCCACUGAAAGGCAAAAGCACUAGGAAGCCUUUGGCAUAUAUCAUUGGGUAUUUAGAGAUCCAUCCUGCGAAGAAGCCUAAUGUAAUUCGAUCUACACCAAGCCUGCAGACCCCAGCUACCAAGCGGAUGCUGACCACCCCGAAUCACACAUCUCUGAGCAUUCUGGGGAAAAGGAACUACAGUCAUCACAAUGGCCUGGAUGCUUGGAGGAAGCGGAGGAACACAGGAACAGUGACUAGCCCUGUGACACUGUGGGGAUUGAAGUUCACUCCUCUGUGACAAAAAGCGUGUUCACACCCUACGAGUACCUGCUUGGAGAACUCACGUGCUGUGUGUCAGACUGAGCUACCCCCGUUCCACCCUACCGUCAAGACUUGCUGCCGUCCUGCUGAUGUUCACAGCUGUGCCUGGGAAGGAGGCAGCCCUGUCAGAGGGGCCCUCCUCGUGCCCUGAUGGGCCGGGAAGGACCUGUAGGAGUGCACCUUCUGCAUCUGCGCCUCCACGCGUGGACCAGUGGCGCUGUGCUUCCUCUCAGAGACCUCGCUGUCCCAGAGCAGAGCUGCCUGAGCACCAAGGGGAGGAGGGAGCCACGCCACCCCUCGCUGCUCUUCAGAGCCCCACACCCUGGAAUGGCGGCCUGCAUGCAUCACCCGCUCUCUUUCAUGCUGUGUAAUUAUGUACAGGAGGACAUGGCAUCCGUCUGAGUGGAUGCUUCUUAAGAAACGUGCCAGUGUUUACGCGGUUCUUGGUGUUCCCUGUCUCUGCUGUUACUGUCUCAGCUUUUUCCCCAAUAGGCUGCUUUUUUCCUUGCUGGGGAAGUUUUACUCAUCCCCUGCUGCAUCCUGCACUCAACCCUGUCCUUCCUCAGGCAGGUCACCUGGCUGUGACAGAGGGAAGGACUGCCUGGCAGCCCUGGGGCCCUUUUCAGCAUCUCCUCCACUGGAGAGAGGUGACGUCCUGCUCAGCUCUGCUUGGUCCCCCACCAGCUCCAAGGAGAGCAGCUGUUAAAUGUGCCAAGCACACGUCACUGUGACAAAGCCAUUUGCUUACUGCCCUGCUUCCUUACACACAAACCAGCUGAUGCAGAACCAUAGCCAGGUGGGGCCUAUAUAAGCACCAGUUCAUUUUAAGCAGAUAGACUGUUGGUGUCCCCAGGGCUGGAGAGAGAACCAAGACUGGGCACAAGCAUGCAGAGGCCCUGUAUUUCUGUGAGCACAUGUGCCUAGGCCCAGGACCCCCAUUUUAUUGGUAUGGGCUCCUUGCACAUGCCCUGGCACCAGCUCUUGGUGGCAUUCCAGCUGGUCACUCUGCUGCCACUACACAGAGCUGCAGGUAUCAGAGUAACUCAGUUUCCAGUUAGCUCCCUGAACAGACUGAGCCUGGCCACUUCCCUCUCCGUUGGCAGAGACAGGCUGCUGGGCACAGGAUCUCAGCCUGAGAAAGACGACUAGAGUCUGACCCGCCCCCGCAGCCUUCUUGGGCAGCAGUUGGAUAGCCGCUGCACUUGAUCUUAGCCAAAAGGCCGAGAAGCGAUUGGAUAGCUGCUGUGAGGCGCCCCAAAUGGGCUGUUGCAGGGCAGAGUAGCCACAGUUGUUUUGACCCCUCUCCCAGGAAUAGUGAGAGAGCACAGAAAUGAUGCUAAUGUCACCCAAGGCUGGCUCAGCCCAAGUAGUGAACAAGGUGUGUGAUGUCUGAGGACAGUUCUCUGGGUGCAGGCUGCCUGGUCCUUUCUGUUUUGCAGUCACCUGGGCUUCUCAGCCUUCUGUGCAGUUGAUGCGGCAGGGGUGUUCUCACCACUCUCCCUCAGAGCUGUCCUGGUCUUGGCUCAGGCCCCCUGAGGGUAGGACCUGUGUCAGGUGCCCUGUGAGAGACAGAUGGAGGUGGCAGGCACUUCCCCCGGUUUCCACACAGAGAUCCCUUCAACAAAGACCCCAGAAGUGGAGGCAGCUGUCUGUGGGGUGUUUAUUCUCUAAAGAAAAAGAGGAGUCAGUGCCUGGUCUGUGCCUGUCUGCGCCCCUGCCUUGUAUUUACUGUGGCCAUGGACAUACGGGGGGAGGUGACUGCUCACUCUUCCUCUCCCCUCUGCUGACUCCCACCACACAGUGACUGCUGAGGAUAGAAACAAUUAGCCACAUCUCCAUGACUGCAUGCUGCUGGCGCCAUUCCCUCUCCCUGCUGGGGGAGACCUUUCACCCAGGCCCAGAAGGUCUGGAGUCAGGCCUGGCCAGGCCAGAGGAGGAGCAGGGACUCACUCCUGCCCUCAUCCACGGUUAGCUUCGGGAAACAUAUAGCUCGUUUUGAGCCACGUGUGCUAGCAAGGCCACCCCUCACCUUGUUAGUACGAGCUCUUGCUUUUGCAGAUCCAUCCCCUGAGAAGAUGAUGUGCCAGAGAUCUCAUGCUCUUGUUUUGUCUCUGGAAAGCUCACAGCCUUGCAGUGGAACUCUCCAGGGGGUGUCAGGUAGAUGCUAAUGAGCCCCUGUCCUUUGCCUUUGCUGAUCUGAGCACUUGGUGCUGAGGACUUUCUGUUAGUCACACCCUUUCUGGAGCCACACUGUGCUGCGGUGUAUGUCAGUGAAGGGGCCACAUCGGAGGGAACCGAGGGACACCAUGGUUCAGCAAGUGUGAGUGGACAUGCCCAGACCAUCUGCACAUACUGUGAGGUGUGCCUUGGAACCGGGCUUCCUGUUCAAGGACACAAGCUCUGCAACGCCUCCUCUGUCCUUCAGUCCUUAGCGCCACCUCUGAUGUCCUCUGCAAAAGAGGAUGACAGACAGGAGGUUAUUGCUAGAACCUCUCGCAGCUCUACCUUGUACACCGCUCAGGGCCCAUCCAGAAAGCAGGAACCACUGUAUGUAUUUAACACAGAGCAGUUUUAAUCCAGAGAUUUGUUUCACACAGAACAAGAGCUGAAAUGGGAGCUGAGGCAGUGUGGAGGUGGGGAAUAACAGGAAGCUGCCACCACCCUGAGGCCACCUGGAGUAAGGAGGUGAGGAGACCCUGUUAUCACAGUCCAGGGGCCAAGGCCACCAGGUGGGUCUGGGACCACAGAGGCCCAUCUGGUAGGAGAUGGAGCCAUAAGGAGGCAUGGUCCCUACCAGAAAUGCCCCCAGGCAGAGAGCAGAGUGGGAGAAAACCAGGCUCUCUCUUCCUCCUGCCUUAGCUGUCGCAUGGUUCACAGGCCUGGAGAGCUACCUUCAGGGUCAGCACCAGCACACGACAGCAGGAUGGGGGUGGGAGCCAGCACAAAGGGCACACGAGCCCUGGCCUUGAUCUGCCCUGUGCCCUCUCUGUAGCCCCCUUGGGGUUUCCUAGAGAGGAAAGUGCUUUUGGGAGAGAGGGGAGAACCUUUAUCCUUCACAGUUGUCCCUGUUUCCCCUCAGGAAAGCCAUGUCCUAUUUUUUUGUUGUUGGUUUUUUUUUUACUUUUUGUGUGCCCCUCUGUCCCUCUCUUGUGCAUCUCUGGUUUUCCUGGCCUGAGGUCACUGUCCCCAGCACACCUCGGUGCCCAGAGUGCUUCCCCAGGCCAGCGCACUCCAGCAUGGUCUUGGUGUGGACGUCUAUCUGUACAAAAUGCUGUCUACUAAUCAGUUUGUAUCGUGUUUCCAAUAAAUUUCUGGAAAUUCUGCCUGAUUUUAGGCUGUCCUUUGCUGAAAUGGUAGCUCAGCUGGGAGGCUCUGAACCUGCAUACCCCAGAAGCCCCUUGCCUCCAUGCUGUGUCCCCUCUCUCAUCCCCAGGGCAAGGGGAGGUAACAGGCCAGGCCGGGCCAGUUGGUCCAUGUCCCCAGCCACACGGGGACUCUAUAGCCUUUCUCUGGGGACUGCUUCUUCCUCUGCCUCACAGCUCAUGGCCUGAGCUUACAGAGGGGUCAGCAGGCCAGGUCACCUAAUAGAUGACCCAAACUUGUCCCCUCUAGGCCUGGCAGUAAGAGGAGCAAUAGGCAGAGCAUUCCCCAUAAUCAGCAGAGCUGUGGGUAUUUAACUGUCCAGGACCCUUUGGCUCCUGGCUUAGUGGUCCUUUUGUAGGCUUUUCUUUGGGAACUUUUCUUCCAGAACCAGCUGUUCCAAUCAUGUGUCCCUCCGUAAGCCUUCACCUGAUGAGAGUCAACUCUCCUAAGAACCUGGCAACCUUCCUCCUCUCUACCCCAAAAUCUGCUGCAGUGGUACUUUUCCCCCGGCUGAGGAUGUGUCCUUCCAAGGACGGAUCCUCCUGCCACCUGUGGGCUGGAUCCAUCCUCCCACCCUCUUGAGCCUGGCAGCAGAGUUUCUUGACUCAGGUAGGCCUGCCACUUUCUGGCUGUGCGACCUUGGGCAAAUCACGCAACUUCUGUAUCUCAGUGUUUUCAUCUAGGUCUAAGGAAAUCAGUAUGGGUGAGAUGCUGAGUGAGAUACCUUGGUCAUCUCACUCUCACUUUCCACCACAGUCAUCUCCUUUCCCUUCUCCUGCUACUGCAUUCCAACCUCGCCAUUCAAUCCAGGAAGCAAUGGAACAGCUGCAACACCAAAACCUCGGUCCCACACACUCACAUUCACCUUACCUCCCUUUACUGGCACAUUUAUUGAAAGGGGAAAGAAUUGUUUCCAUUUCUGCAAAUCUCAUUAAUUCUUCAGCCCCUUCUAAAUGCUCUCUGGCUCCUGCUCUGCCCCUCACCAAGCCGCUCCCUGAAAUUGGAAGUCUGUAAUGACUUCUAAUUGCCAAAGCCAUGCUAUUCUUAGCCACCCUGUCUGAGCAGCCAGAGCACUUGGAGCUGUGGUUACAUACUACUUUCCUUUCUUCAUCACACCGACUCCUUUAUGCUCCACUCAGCAAUGCUAAGUGCAUUCAGAGGUUACUCUCAGCUGUUUUUUCACAAAGAUAAUUUCACUCAAGGUAGUAGUCACCUGGGUAACCUUCCCAUUGCCACCUCUCUUGGUUUAUCACUCAAUACAUUAUACUACUAAUGCAUAUGUUUGAAUCCAUAACCAAUAUAGAACAUGUUUGUGUAUUAAAUUUUAUGUAAAUGAUAACCUAUCAUGAAAAGGAGUACUGUUCAGUGAAUGCAUUGUUAGCCCAGUAGGGUGUCCAUCGAAGAUGCUUGACCAGACAGGUGCCCUUGGGUUUUCAGGUUGGCUCCCUUAUAGCCUGCAACUCGGAAUCACUUUUGAAAAUGCCCGGCCACCCACCUGGCUCCUGCUCUGCCUCACCUGGCUUCCGGCCUGCGGAUGUGUCCAGCUGGCUGAGGCACUCUGUGCUGACAACAGUCCAGGGAGUGACCUCCGGGCCAGGGCUGGCCAGGCCUUACCCCUGUGGCACUGCCCCCUGCAUAAGCCCCUCAGUCCUGGGAGGUACCUCCUUUGUAGCCCAUGGCACACAGGCCAGGUAGAGCUGUGCUGCUCACUGGGCCCUGAAGCUCCUUCUGAGGCCCAGCAGGCCCGGCACUGGUGGAGGGAAUAGGGCCGGAGAAUCAGCACAACGUGCUCAGGGCCCAGGAUCUUCCCAGGGCAGGUGGAGGUCAGGGAGCUGUGAGAGGGCUGUAAGCAGGGUGCCCCAGGUGUACAGCCAGAAGAUGGCCAUGGGACUGUACCAAGAUGGUGCUGGGCAGGAAGCGGAUGGCACAGACAGUUACCAGCAUGGCCAGCAUGCACACGGCCCUGUGGACUGCAUACCUGGCCGGCUAGGGACCAGGUGGUAAGCCUGAUGCUCAUGAUGACCAAGAGGACAGGGGCCAGUAGCAGUCAGCUCUGCAGCGUGUGCAGUGCCUGGUACCAGCAGAGUGAGGCUGAGGUUUCAUCCCCUUCCUGUAAUGGACUUGAGACUGGAAUCAGUGCUGGGGGGCAGAUUCUUCUGUGUCAGCCUUCUGUCACUGUGGCGAAGUACCAAACAGGUCUCGUGGAGAAGUGCUAGUUCACUCGAAGGGUAGGAUGAUGAAAACCAGCCAUGGCUAGGUUCACCAGGAACACUAACAUUGAACUUGUAAUUCUCCUCCCUUACCAGGAGCCCUUAUUGUCUUCUGGGUGGCAGGCAUAUGCACUGUGGGGACAGAGGGAUGGGCUUGGUCCGGCGGGGAAGCAGAAGGUGAAGAGGGCCACACUGUUCCCCAUCAGGCCCAGGACUGACUCCACACCCAGCACUGUGCCCAGAAGGCAUAUAGUGGGGGAAGUGGGGGCAGAGAAGCCAGGCUUCUCUUGACCCCAGCACAGUGGUGAAGAUGGAGGGAGAGAGGAGUAGUGGGGAGAGGAGGGCUCAUGCUGGGAAAUUUCAUGGGCUGCUUGGAUCAGGGACCUGAGAGAAGACUCUGGACUCUCUUGGCCUGUGUGAGGGAAAGGUGAGAUGAGUGUUUCCAUCACUGGCCACCACAGUGACUCAACACCUGGGGUUUUCAUUGUUGAAGGCCUAGUGUUCCAGUCUUCAGGGGGAGCAGGGAGGUAUUCACAGCCCAGGAUGCUCAGACGUGUUAACUUCCGGAAGGUGGGAGCUGGUUCUAGCGACCUGGGCUGUCAGGGUCACACACACACCUCCCUUAUAUGUAGGGGCUGAGUGGCGUCUCCUUCCCCUGCCAGUGCUGGCUGCAGGGAGUGUGGAGCCAACAGGGAGGAGGUGAGGAGUGCAAUCAAGACCUCCACCAUCCUGCUCAUGGCCUCCAGCGACCAGUGCUUGUGCUGUCUGCCUGCAGUGUGUCCCCAAGUCUGCUGUGUGUCCCAAGCCUGCUGAAGCCCAAUCUUCAGUGCUUCCCAGAGCCCUGAUGGUUCCAGUCUAUGAUGGUCCCAAGUCUGUGUACAUAAUAAAGUGUCCCUCAGGCAGAGGACUGCCCUGCCAAAUUUUACUGCCAUGGCAUGGGGUCUGGGGGCUUCUCCCCCAAACGGAGCCACCCUGUCAGUCCUUGCGCCUCCCUACCCCAGCCUUCACUGCAGAGUGGGGAGCUGAACAAGGCACAAAAUAAGGUGGGCUCUGAACAAGGCACAAAUGUUGCAGUCUGACCAAGAGGUUUUCUCUUGAGCUUAUAGCUGGGCCAGUGGGUGGAGGUGAGGUCUUGGGCUCCUGAUAAACCAGACUCUGGUGGUUCACACAGUCCAGGGCCUGACACCUCCCACCCUUACCGACUGGCUUUGGUCAGCAGCCUGCCACGUGCUGCCAACUCUGCCUCAUCCUCCAGGGUUCAUGCAGUGUGGCCUCUGCCCCCUCUCCAAGGAUCCUCCAGAUUUCACUCCUACCCCAGGCUCCCAUCUGACUGAGGCUGAGAACAGAGGGGCUGUGGCCACAGAAGAAGCAAAGGUUUUCAAACCUCUCUUGGCCUCUUCCUUAAGUCAGUGCUGCCACCUUCUUGGAGAGUUUGAGUAGAAUGUGAAGGUCAUCUACAUAACAAGUACUGGAGGUGUUCAGAAAAAGAGAAGGCAUAAUUUUCAUGAUCUGUUUUGGAUCAGGCCCGCCCUCUCCACUACUUUUCUCUGGGCUGCUGUGUUGUGACUUUUCUCCUGGGACAUUCUGGGUUCUCCUUUUGCUCUGGCACAGAGCAGCACUGCACAGUGCACCUAGGCGCACCAGGCCUCUGUCCCAGCUGCAUGGGCUGAGGGCAUUUGGAGGAGGCCAGUGAUGUCUCUUGGCUUGCAGGAAAGGAAAGCCUUGGGUUACAGAGGUGAGGGAGAUGCCCUCAUCCAAGGCCAGAAGCCCCUGCGGCAAAGUCAGGUCUCUGUGCUGUCCUCAAAGCUGUGAGCCACCAGGCUGGGGUCACAGAGACAAAGUUCGGGUUCUCUUUUCUAGAGGAAGCUCUGGCUUCUCCUGUUCUGUACAGACCUAGCUUCUGCACUGCCAGUUGACCUUGACCAACCUUUCACUGAAGUCCCAAGGUGAGCCGAGCCCUGCCCUUAAACCAUUAAUAGCGCUUAACCCUGGGUGGGAUGUUCUGUGUUGUAGAAUUACUGUAUUUUCUGCAGUAACACAAAUCACUUCAGUUAAUGGGAAGCAAACUCAACAGGAAUGUUUUUUUUUUUUAAGUCAAGUUAAAUCAACUCAUCAACCAACCAUUCAAUACGUAUCUGUAGUCACUUGGUGCUCCGAUAUCCCAGACACCGCCCGUCACCAGGGGCCAGACACCUGUGAUAGUCACGUGCUGACCCACUAGCCCUCAUUCACAGGGGCCUUAAUUAUUUAUUUUAUUAUGAUUCUUUUGUGAUACUGGAGAUUGAACUCAACUCUCUGCACUGAGCUGCAGCUCCCGCCCUAUUUUUUCUUCUUCUUUUUUUUCAUUUUGAGAUAGGAUCUUGCUAAACUGACUGGGCUGACAUUGAACUUGUAAUGCUCCUCCCUCAGUCCUCACUGAGGGUCUUCCUGGUGGCAGGCAUGUGCACCGUGGGGACAGAGGGAUGGGGCACCACACCGUGGGGCUGAUGGCUGAUAAGAGAAAGCGGGGGCUGCUAACACCUCAGGAGCCUGGCGUCCCUAGCUGAGAGUGGCAGGAGGGUGGAA